AUGCAACUCCAGCUGCUGUCACAACGUCACCUCGAAUCGGAUUUCCUGACCCGCACUCUUGUUGAAAUAGUGUUCGGUGUAAGAUCCACUACUGAAGAGGCAGUUUUUAGAUACCCAGGAACUCAGACGAAUGUUAUCAAUGUUGGCUCGUACAACUACCUAGGCUUCGCACAAACCAGUGGUCCGUGUGCCGAUGCAGCUAUUGCUCAGAUUGACAGCGAAGGUCUGGCCACAUGUACGACAGUGCAUGAGAGAGGCCGUUCCGUCUCUCAGUACAAACUUGAGAAGCUCGUCGCCGAAUUCCUUCAUGUUGAAGACGCGAUUGUUUUCAGCAUGGGCUUUGCAACGAAUUCAAUGAACGCCCCGUGUCUCGUCGAUAAGCACUCUUUGAUCAUUUCCGACCAACACAAUCAUGCUUCGCUUAUACUUGGAUGUCGCCUUUCUGGUGCUUCGACAAAAGUCUUCAAGCACAAUGGUUAG